AUGUUGAAAGAGUGCCACUGGCCCUUAGAGAGCCCAUGGAGGUGCCGCUGGCAUGCCGCCAUCCCAGGGAGUGCCCCUGGGAGUACUCCUAGGGGCGCAACUGCCCCUAGCAGGGCCCUUGGGGUCGCCACCAUCUCUGUCAGGACUCCUGGGAGCGCCACCGCACCUGACAGGGACCCUGGGGGUGCAAGCGCCCCUGGCAGGGCUCCUGGGGCGCCAGUGCCCCUGGUCAAUGCCCCUAGGGGUGCCAACGUCCCUAUGAGGGCCUGUGGAGGCACUGCCCUGAAUGGGAACGUCCCUGGGAGCACCGCUGUCCCUGGUAGAGCCCCUGGAGUCGCCAGCACCAAUAACGGGUCUUGGGGGUGCCAACACCCCUGGGAAGACCGCAGGGGGGGGGGGAUGACGCCGUCCAUGCCAGGGCCCCUGGGGGCGCCACCGCCCUUAAGAGGGCCGCUGUGGGUAGCACCGCUCCUGGCACGGUCCCCUGGAGCCCUGUGGUCCCUUGGAGGGCCCCUGAAGGCGCCUCCGCCCCUGGCAGGACCCCUGGAAGCCCCACCGUCCCUCGGAUGGCUCCUUGGCGGCAAUCCACCAAGGGACCCUACCAAGGAUUCUCAGGGGCUCUUUGGCAUGCUUGUUCGCUGUCAUAUAUAUUACCUACUUAAAGAAGUCACUUACUUAACUAUGAUUGGUGGGCUAUUCUAUUAA